CCGCUGAGGGGCGGCUGGCGGGGCAGCCUGCGGUCCCUUCCCGGCGCCGGCGGCUCCUCCUCUGCUCACCUCAGCUCACCCCUUGCAUGUCGGCGGUGCCGGGGGCGCUGUGGAGUGGGGCACGGGGCCGCCCGCCAUGGCCGAAGCAGGAGCGGGAAGCACUGAGAGCGCCGAGGAGCGGCGGGCGACGGAAGAUAAGUUCUCUGUGGAUGGGAGCCCAUGCGUGGCCUGUGGAGGGCCCAGCCUCAUGAAUCCGGUCACUAAGGCUGCCAUCACCACUUCUUUCAAUGCUGCCGUGCCUGACAUUCCAAGGAAACGCAAAGGAAGUGAUUCUGAUAACCAGGAUACAGUUGAAGUUGAUGGUGAUCCUCAGAAAAGGAGUGAAGAUGAAGAACAUGUUAAAGUAAAAGAUUUCAGAGAGGCUCACAGUCAAACUGAGAAAAGAAGAAGAGACAAAAUGAAUAAUUUGAUAGAGGAAUUGUCUGCCAUGAUACCACAGUGCAAUCCCAUGGCCCGAAAGCUGGACAAACUCACAGUGCUACGGAUGGCUGUGCAGCAUUUGAAGUCUUUAAAAGGUUCCAGUAGCUCCUACUCAGAAGUCCGGUAUAAACCUUCAUUUCUGAAGGAUGAUGAACUGCGACAGUUAAUCCUUAGGGCUGCAGAUGGAUUCCUGUUUGUGGUUGGAUGCAACAGAGGAAAAAUUCUGUUUGUCUCUGAAUCAGUUUGCAAAAUACUUAAUUAUGAUCAGGCCAGUUUAAUUGGACAAAGUUUAUUUGAUUACUUACAUCCAAAAGAUGUUGCAAAAGUUAAGGAGCAACUUUCUUCAUCAGACGUCUCGCCUAGGGAGAAGCUCAUAGAUGGCAAAACUGGCUUGCAAGUACACACAGAUUUCCAAGCUGGACCAGCUCGGCUGAACUCUGGCGCUCGACGUUCUUUCUUCUGUCGCAUAAAGUGCAGCAGGACCACAGUCAAAGAGGAGAAGGAGUGUUUGCCCAACCCAAAGAAGAAAGAUCACAGAAAAUACUGCACCAUUCACUGUACUGGGUAUCUGAAGAACUGGCCUCCUAAUGAGGUGGGAGUAGAAGAGGAAAAUGAUGUAGAAAAGGACAGUAGUAACUUUAACUGUCUUGUUGCGAUUGGGAGGUUACACCCUUACAUUGUUCCACAAAAGAGUGGAGAGAUAAAAGUCAAAGCAACAGAAUUUGUUACACGAUUUGCCAUGGAUGGAAAAUUUGUUUAUGUAGAUCAGCGCGCAACAGCAAUUUUAGGAUAUCUGCCACAAGAGCUUCUAGGAACUUCUUGUUAUGAGUACUGCCAUCAAGAUGAUCACAAUCACCUAGCUGAAAAACACAAAGAAGUUUUGCAGAACAAAGAAAAAGUAUUUACAAAUUCCUACAAAUUUAGAGCAAAAGAUGGGACCUUUGUCACUUUAAAGAGUCAGUGGUUCAGUUUCAUGAAUCCUUGGACCAAAGAGCUGGAGUACAUUGUAUCAAACAACACUGUGGUAUUAGGUCAUAAGGAAUCAGCUGAAGAAGAAGUCCUCUACAGUUCCCAACCUGCAGAAGAUGCUGUAAAACAGUCUUUAGUAAGUGUACCUGGAAUGUCCUCUGGAACAGUUCUUGGUGCUGGAAGUAUAGGAACUGAAAUUGCAAAUGAAAUCUUAGAAUUACAAAGGUUGCAUUCUUCACCCUCUGGAGAAUUAAGUCCAUCACAUCUCCUCAGGAAGUCACCUUCUCCAGCUUUAACUAUAAACUGCAGUGAUGUGCCAAAGAAAGAGUUGAUUCAGUUAUGUCCUUCAGAAACAGAAGCUCUGGAGAAUUCAGAGCAAACCCAGGGUGCUAUUCCAUUGCUCAGUAAUGAACCUCUCCUCAGUGGCAAUUCUCAGCUGGACUUUGAUGCCAUCUGUGAGAACGAUGACACUGUGAUGACAGCUCUGAUGAAUUACCUGGAGGCUGAUGGGGGCCUGGGAGACACAGCUGACCUCAGUGAUAUCCAGUGGGCUCUCUAGAGCUGCUUUGGGGAGUAAGGGAAUGUCAACAACCCCUCAUGCACAACAACUUUACAUCCUCAGUACUGUAUUGGAGUUUUGUAAUGAUUCCUUUGAAUUCAGACUUGUUGUCUCUGGAUUUUUAAAGACUGGAGCCUUGUUCAGAGAGACACAUCUUCUCCUGCACCUACGGACAAAUGCAAUAUUUUAUUAAUGAUGAGGAAACCUUGAAAUUUUAAUAUUGAACCAUCUGUAACUGGAAUGCUUAGAACACUUUAGUAUAUUUUUGCUAAGAAGCUUUAACCAAAAGGUACUGUACAAUGUACAGGAUUACUUUUUCUUAGUUUUAAUGCUUCAAACUUUUAUUUAUUGUUUUUGUUUCAAGUUGCAGAAUAUUAGUUAUCCAUGUUACUUUCUCUAGAACCUACUAUACUUAUAUGGUUUGAGAAUAUUUGUAACUAUUAAAUGUAAUUGAAAUAACAAUUUGCACACACCGCAGUUGUAAAAUAAGGUAUUGUAAUUCUCAAACGAUGCAGUUUGUGAUUCCUUGCACUUCUCAGCAGUGCAAUUUUUGCAGUCAAAGGUGAAAAUGAAGCCUACAGUUCUGGGAGCAAGGUUUGGGGUUGGAUCACCCUAAUAAACAGAAGAGAAUGUUUUGAGAAAAACACUCAUUUUCCCAGUACACAAACAUGAGAAGGGAAUAAGAAAAGAGCAACAAACUCUUAAUUACUGUUUUGUAUUAUUUGUAAUGUAUUAUUAGAGAGGCAGUGCAUAGAACCAGAGAAAAAUAAUGCUCUAUUUGUAAUAAAGCACUCUGGUCUUGUCCCAGGUUCUUUACUAAUUAGAGAAGUGUGAAUGGAUAGUCUUGGUUCCAGAGUGAUCACUGUUUGCACUGUCUGUUGGUGAAAAAAUGUUAAAAGUCUAGAGCAUCUUUUAUGUUUUUGGAGAGGUUGGCAGAAUUUUCUGCUGCUUGAGUGUGUGACUUUUAAAAAUCUCUCUGUACUAUAGCUUUGUAACUAAAUGCUAUGCAGGAUGAUCUUUUGGGAACAGCUUUUGCAAGGAUUGUAUCCCAUUACAACAAAUGACUCAAGAACAUGGCACUUUAGAGGUUGCAUUAGAACAAUAUAGCACUAAUAUAGCAAGAGAAUUGUUUUAUCUUGAAGGUUUAAACAAAUUUUUGCAUAGAUUAUAUAUCAUAAAAUUACAGAUUUUUUAAAUGUUUUCUUCAUGUUUGGGUUUUGGUAGUUUUUUGUUGAUUUUUUUUUUUUUUUGGUUUUAUUUUAUUUUUUUAAAUUUUAUUUUAUUUUUAGGUUUUUUCUUUGUUUUGUUUUGUUUUUCUUUUUUAAUUCAGGUAAUGAAAGGAAAGCACUUGAAGAUAUCUGACACAUGUGCAUUUUUUUAAUACAGGUAUUUAAAUGUAGGUACAACCCUAACCUCUCUCACUCCAGGUGAGGAUGGCAGCCUGGGCUGGUGUUGUUGGGAACAAAUGGAUGUGGCCGUCACUAGAUGUCAUCCUUACGCUGCUGGGGAGCCACGCUGUCCUCAUGAGGACACAAUCUAGACAUGAAGUGGCUUCCUCUGCUUGACAGAGCAUAUUAUAGAUAAUAUGACUCCUUUGGCAAAUGAUGCAUUUUUUGUGAUGGUGAUUUGCUAGAAUGGCUUCUUGGUUUGAUUUUUUCUUUUUUUUUUUUUUUAACUCUGUAGACUUUUUUUUUUUUUGCAUUUAAUUUGGGGGUCAUUUACUGCAUUCAGAUCUCUUUUUUACAUACAUGGGGCCAAAAUAAUCAGUUCUCUUGCUUUAUUAGAAUAAACUUUUCUGAUUUUUCUGAAUUUUGGGGUAUAUCAUAGAGCAAAGUGGAAGAAAUAAACAGGCACUUUCUAAGAACUGAUAGAAAUCUAUUUGUGUAAAUGAAAUUUGAGAUUCUGCCAUUAUAAAAUGCAUUUUCUCUUUUCUAUUCUAGAAGUAAAUUCUAAAUAAACCAGCAAAUACUGUAGCUCAUAGAUAAAUGACUACACAAAUAACUUAAAAUUAUACAGACUUUAUUAGAACAGUUUUUUAAACUGGAUUAGUUUGGAAACAUGGCAGCUGUUGUUACUGCAGGAGCAAAUUAAUUCUUUCACAAGAUUUAUAUAAGUUUCUAGACACAAACCACUAUUCUUGAAUUCUUGGCUAUCCCUAAAAAAUAAAAUCAAAAAUGUAACUUUGAUUCUUUUGCAGUCAAUGACAAAUAUUGUGACUUUCAAUUAAUUUAUUAGAUUUUCCCUUUACUAUUUGUAAUUUUUUUUCUGGCUUAAAGCAGCCUUUUCAAGAAAAAGUGUCACUUGUAAAUAUUUCUGGUGAAAUUAAUAGAUAUUUUUGAAUACAAUUGAGAUAGUAUGUGCUUAUCUUUGUAUAACAACACAGUUCUAGUAAGAUACUGACAGCUUGUUCCUGGCAUGGUGCAGGUAAUGAUAGGAUGUGGUUAAACCAGGUCAAUAAAUACUGUUUUGAUGCC